AUGGGCAAGUUCCGCCGUUCUGGCAACCGAUUGAUAAAAGCUUCGCCGAACCUAACUCUAGCAGGUGAUAACGGUGAAUGGCGGUCUGACACCGUCGCUACACUUGAUGGUGACGCCCGUAAUGAACAGGGCAUGGCAAACGGCGGCUCUGAAUAUUCACCACACAUCAAUGAGAACGUUUCUGCUGAUAGUGGCUUGGGAUCAAACGACACCACAGGUGGUGAAUGCGGUCUGGAGGGGAAAUUUACUCCGAUUGCCAUAUGCGGCAUGGCCUGUCGUCUACCAGGAGGGAUAACCUCUCCACCGGAGCUGUGGGAUCUUCUUCUAUCCAAGAGCGAUGCCCGGAUGCGAGUUCCUAAGACACGAUACAAUGUCUCGGCAUUCCAUUGGCCAACGAAGAAGCCUGGCCAUGUUAUUAGCGAGUAUGGGUAUUUCCUGGACGAUACCGUCGACUUAGGCGCCCUUGAUACAAAUGUCUUUCCGAUGCCUCGCAGUGAGCUCGAGGUCCUUGAUCCACAGCAGAGACUGCUUUUUGAGGUAACAAAAGAGUCUCUUGACGACGCAGGGGAAGUGGGGUGGAAAGGGAGUAAUAUCGGCGUCUAUGUGGGCAGCUUUGGUAACGAGUGGUACGACGUGAUUCAAAAAGAGUCUCAAAGAUAUGGCACCUACCACAUCUCUCACUCUUACGAUUUCGCACUCUCGAACCGGGUGUCAUACGAGCUGGAUCUGCAUGGACCUAGUAUCACUAUUCGCACAGCUUGCUCUUCCAGUCUUGUUGCGUUGAGUGAAGCUUGCGCCGCCAUUUCUAGAGGCGAUUGCCCAUCCGCUAUCGUCGGAGGUACCAGUAUUAUCGUAGCUCCAUCGCUGAGCAUAGACGAGUCCAACCAAGGAGCUCUCAGUCCCGACGGCUCUUGCAAAACCUUCUCAUCGGAGGCGAAUGGCUAUGGCCGCGGUGAAGGUAUUGUAACCCUCUAUAUCAAGCCACUCAGCGACGCUCUCCGUGAUGGCAACCCUGUCCGUGCUGUGAUCUCUGGUGCGGCUACAAAUUGUGAUGGAAAGACCCCUGGUUUUACAGUUCCAAAUCCAGAUGCCCAGGAGGCAUUGAUACGGCACACAUACAAAGUCGCCGGCAUCCUUGAAUCUGACAUCCCGAAGACUGGCUUUUUUGAAUUGCACGGAACAGGGACCCAGCGUGGGGACACGAUUGAAACCUCGGCCGUUGCCAAGGUCUUUGGUGCUACAGAUUUCCUCCACAUUGGGUCAGUCAAACCAAAUCUAGGCCACGGCGAGGGCGCUUCUGGAUUGACGGCAGUGCUGAAAGCUGUUCUGUCCCUUGAAAACCAGACGAUACCACCGAAUAUCAAGUGCUUGCCUCUGAACCCCAACAUCCCGUUCGACAGAUAUGGGUUUAUCAUUCCCCAGGAAGCGACGCCAUGGCCAAAGGAUCGCGAGAAGCGCGUUAGCGUCAAUUCCUUCGGGAUAGGCGGUGCGAACGCGCAUGUCAUUAUUGAAUCGCCCGCCAGAUUCGAGCAGCAUGCAACUACUAUGAGCAAGAAAACGGCGUCGGGUUCACAUCAGUUACUGGUUUACUCAGCCCAAUCGAUUCAUUCCUUGACUUCCAUGGCCGAGAGAUAUACAGACUUUAUUGAAAACUCCCAGGACACCAUUAACAUCACAGAUCUGGCAUACACUCUUGCGAAUAGGAGGGAACAUCUGUCAGUACGUUCGUUCACGGUUCGCACGAGGGAUUCGCCCGGUGUCACUUCUGCACCGCAGCAGAGCAAGGGACCCACCUCUGUAAUAAUGAUAUUUACGGGUCAAGGGUCACAGUGGCCUCAGAUGGGCCGCGAAUUGCUGCGAACUAAUGCGGUGUUCAAGCGCACCAUCAAGUCCCUAGACGAUCAACUCCAAACCUUGGGACUGGACUCGCCGGACUGGAAGCUUGAGGAUGAACUACUUAAAUCAUCCCGCAGUAGUAGAGUUAACGAGGCUGAGUUUGCUCAGCCCCUUUGUACGGCUCUUCAGAUUGCCUUGGUUCAUAUGUUUGAUUCAAUCGGGAUCAAGCCUGCAGCGGUGGUUGGUCACUCGAGCGGCGAGAUCGCAGCAGCGUAUGCAGCUAAUGCGCUUACUGCAAGAGAGGCUAUUUUGAUAGCUUUCUUCCGCGGGUUGAUUUCGAAAUCGCAGACUAGACCAGGAGGUAUGGCUGCCGUGGGUAUAGGCUGCAAAGAAGUAGAGAGGUUCCUGGUGCCGGGUGUCGUGAUGGCAUGCGACAACUCGCCUAAUAGCGUCACGAUAUCGGGAGACACCGACAAGUUACAGAUUGUCUUGGAUGAAAUCAAACGACAUUUGCCUGCCGUACUGACAGCAAUUUUGAAGGUGGAAAAGGCCUAUCACUCCCAUCACAUGGUAGAACUAGGCGACGAAUAUCGCGACAGAAUGACCAACUCGGGGGUGGUCGGAACCAACCCCUCGAUCCCUUUCUUCUCCAGUGUACUAGGUAGACCAAUAACGAGCGGCGGAGAACCUGGAGCAAGCGAAAACGACAAAUUCGGACCAGAAUACUGGAAAAGGAACUUGGAAUCGCCGGUGCUUUUCAACGCUGCUGUGUCUAGUCUACUUGACAGCAUGCUUUCCACUUCGGACAACAUGAGUUUUCUGGAAAUUGGCCCCCACGCAGCACUCGCGGGGCCAUUAAGACAAAUAUUCGGUGGCCGUUCGAACAUUACUAAAACACCACCUUCAUAUGUUCCUAGCAUGACCCGACGUCAGAAUAACUCAGAAAGUUUCCUAGCAGCUGUCGGGAAGCUCUGGACACUUGGUGUCAAAGUCGAUUUCAAAGCACUAAUACCUGACGGCAAAUGUCUUCCGGAUCUUCCUCGUUACCCGUGGAACCAUCAGCGUAGCUUUUGGAAGGAAUCUAGGACUACAAGGGAAUGGAGAUUUCGUGAACAUUCUUAUCAUGACCUCCUCGGUGAAAGAAUUGUCGAAAGCUCGGGAGUUGAGCCCGCCUGGAGGAACCUACUUCAUCUUGAGAACGCGCCUUGGAUCCGCGACCACAAGAUCAGAGAUGACAUCGUGUUCCCUUUCGCCGGCUAUAUAGCCAUGGCUGCUGAAGCCGCACGUCAGGUGACAGGCAUUCAAGAGGCGGUAGAGCUGCGGCAUAUAGUAGUCAGCACCGCAUUGGUGGUAUAUGAUCACGCACCGACUGAACUCGUGACCACGCUUCGUCGACAUCGUCUCACUGACUCGAUCGAUAGUCAUUGGUGGGAGUUUACAGUGACAUCACACAACGGACACGUAUGGACGAAACACUGCUUUGGGCAAGUUCGUGCCAUAAAGAAAUUUCCGAUUGACGACUGUCACGUCCUAGGCGAGGACGAAACCCCACACAAGGUCAAUGUUCGGCAGUGGUAUGACCGUGUAAGUCGCGGAGGUCUCCGCUAUGGACCACAUUUCCAGACGAUGAAAGAGCUCAAGACAACCACAACCGGCCAAAGAGGCUCUGGCAUCACAGAUAUGGAAAUAAAUUGGCCCGCAAACGAGACCAGCCAGUACCAUUUACAUCCCGUCAUAUUGGACACAUAUUUCCAAUUAGCCGGUGCUGCGGCUCAUCAUGGUUUCACCCAUGCCUAUAAACAAGCAGUUCCUUCGAGCGCGGACUACAUAGCCUUGAGUCGUUCCUCCGCUGACAAAUUCGCUCUGUGUGCCAGCUGUGACUUUGUCGCAGACAAGUUUAUGGGAAAUGGGUUCGGCGUGGCAGGCCCGACAUCGACGCCAUGUCUGAAGAUCUCAGGGGCACAAUUUUCCCCCCUUGACUCUACAGAAGACGACAUAAAUAAUACAGGACUCAUUAAUACUGCCAGAUCCGAGUGGGUUCCGCAUAUUGAUCUCACACCUUUCAAUGUUCUCGUCGCACCAUUACGGGACAACAGUACCUACUUCCACACAUUAGAGCAGCUUGGCCAGUUGGCUAUUGAGCUCUACCGCCGUAGGUCGUUAGAUCUCACAACAGAAUCUUCAAGCACUCAUAUACGGAGGUAUGUUGAGUGGCUUCGCCAACAAAAGUACAAAUCUGUGGAGGACGUUGAAGAUACAGCACUCGCUGCUAGGAUCGAUUCUGUUUGUGCUUCCCUCAAUGAGGGGCCCGCAGCACCCAUCGCCUCUGCGAUAUCUAAGCUUUGCACACACACAUCAUCAAUUCUGUCGGAGAAAAUAGGGGCGUUGGAGGUGCUUCAUAAAGACGAAAGUCUGGGUAACUUUCUUCGGUUUCUGAGCAGACACAACGUAUCUGGAUUUUUGAGAUGUCUUUCCAACAACAAACCGGGCCUUCGCAUCCUUGAGAUAGGAACGGGCCUUGGGCCGACCAUCAGUAACCUUGAAGACAUGAAGCGACCAGAUGGCCAACUACUUUACUCACAGUACGUCUACACGGAAAGAUCCACGGGCCUGCUACACCUAGCUCAAAGUCGCUUUCAACAACAAGAAAACCUCGAGUUCUCCACACUCGAUAUUUCCAAAGACCCAGUAGAUCAAGGUUUCCAAAACUGCCAUUUCGAUCUGAUCGUUGGCGGCGAAGCCAUUCAAUGGACAAGAUACAUCCAUCAAAGCCUAGCAAACGUUCACAAGCUACUUCACAGCAGUGGACACUUACUUUUUCAACAGCCGCGAACCGGGUUGUCAUGGGCCAAGUUCGUCCAAGCCACCCUCCCAUCUUGGUGGAGCGGCUCCGCAGAUGGCCGAGAUAAUGAGCCAUACAUUGAGUGUAGUAGAUGGGAUGAGGAACUCAAGGCGGCCGGGUUCUGCGGAUUGGCUGGUGCCGUGCCAGAAGCCCCUGAUUCAUGUCACUUCAACACCGUCAUGCUUGCGAAGCCGCAACAGCAGCAUUUCGAGGCCAGAAAAGAUAGAGUCACUCUGCUUCAUGACUCGAACGGGCAUUCUGGCCUGAAAGGGUUUAAGAAUGCACUGGAAGCGCAAGGUUUCGAAAUUUCGUGUUGCACACUCGAAGACUCACUCCCAUCGGACCAAGACAUCAUCGCUCUCUUGGACAUUGCGGAACCAUUCUUUGAAUGCGUUGACGAGUCAGCCUUUAAUGAUUUCAAGCAGCUCGUCUUCCGCGCCAACAAUUCCGGAUCUGGGAUUCUCUGGGUCACGAAACCAGUACAGGCAUACUGUGUCGACCCGAGAUAUUCUCCAGUCAUAGGCCUGGCACGUACACUCCGUGUCGAGCUUGAUAUCGACUUUUCCACGUGUGAGGUUGACGAUAUUGCAUCUGUAGAUGGAGCUGCAGCUGUUGUCGACGUUUUUCGAAGGUUUCAGGCACGGAGUAUGGACACAAGACCUGAUUUUGAGUAUGCUUGCACCAGAGACCUAACACGGGUUCAUCGCAUCUUCCCUUCCACUUUGAGUGAGAGCAUGGAAGCUACUCAAAAGCAUGUUGAAGGCGCAGCUAUUAGAAUUGAUCGUCUUGGACGGCUUGACUCACUGAAUUUGGUGACACGGCCUAUGGCGGAUUUGAAAGGGGAUGAAGUAGAAAUUGAGGUCCACGCAGUAGCAUUGAAUUUCCGGGACGUCCUCGAGGCUAUGGGGUCUAUCGAAUGCGCUGAUCCAGGUCGCAUAGCUGCGACGGAGGCCAGUGGCAUUAUCCGAAAAGUUGGCCAUAAUGUCACGAAUUUCCACGUCGGAGAUCGAGUGAUGGCUAUCGGACGUGGAGCCUGCUCGACAUUACUUGUUACAACAGAACUCUUAUGCGCAAAGGUCCCCGAUGAUCUAGAUUUUGCUCAUGCCGCGUCACUACCCAUUGUGUUUGUGACUGCUAUCUACUCUCUCAUCGAAAUUGGGCGUCUGGGCCAGGGUCAGACAAUUCUUAUUCAUAGUGGCUGUGGUGGUGUGGGCCUUGCAGCCAUCCAGAUCGCUCAGAUGGUAGGCGCUGAGAUAUAUACAACCGUCGGUAGUGACCAGAAGGCCCAAUACCUCACGGAUACGUUUGGGAUACCUCGAAGCCGCAUAUUCAGUUCGCGGUCACCUUCCUUCCUUGUCGACCUAAUGCGUGAGACCAAGGGCAAAGGGGUGGACUUGGCCCUGAAUUCCCUAUCUGGUGACCUCUUACAUGCCACAUGGCGUUGUAUCGGAAAAUGGGGAACGAUGAUUGAAAUCGGUAAGAUUGAUCUCUUGGGAGCUGGCAAGCUCGAUAUGGAUGUAUUUCUUGGCAAUCGUAGCUAUACCUGUUUCGACUUGCGUCAAAUGAUUGAAGAGCGGCCGCUCAUGGUUCACCGCACACUUCAAUCUUUGAUGAAGUACUAUGAAAAGUGUCUGAUUCGGCCAAUAUCCUUGGCUCGCGUUUCUCCUAUUUCAAACGCCCGCGAUUAUCAGGAUGCGCUUCGGUACAUGCAGCAAGGAACCCAUGUUGGGAAGAUUGUCAUGACGAUGCGCUGUCCUGACGGAACAUCCGCGCUUCGAGAUAUUCCUAAUGCGCUCAAACCUGUAGCUAAACUGGACCCGUCGGCUUCUUAUCUCCUCGUAGGAGGUUUCGGAGGGCUCGGCCGCUCUGUCUGCAUAUGGAUGGUUCAACAUGGCGCUCAGCACCUAACCUUGUUGUCGCGCACCAUAGGCAGCGAUGACUCGCAAGAGCGUGAUUUUGCUCGCGUGCUUGGAAGCAUGGGUUGUACCAUACGGCUCGUUCGCGGAAGUGUCACAGAUGCUGCUGAUGUGGCAGGUGUCAUCAAUGAAUCUCCUAGGCCAUUCAAAGGAGUUGUCCACAUGGCGAUGGUUCUUCGCGACCAAUCCUUCCAGCGCAUGUCGUUUGACGACUGGAAUACUACUAUCAAGCCAAAGAUCACUGGGACAUGGAAUCUACAUGAACAGAUAGGGGCAGAUCUUGACUUUUUCAUCUUGUUCAGUUCACUAUCCGGGCUGCUAGGUCAGCCGGGACAGGCCAACUACGCGGCCGCAAACACUUUCCUAGACUCAUUUGCGCAGUAUCGCAACAGUCUGGGGCUUCCCUGCACAUCACUUGACAUCGGAGCCAUGGAAGGUGUAGGGUAUUUGUCCCAAAACGAAGCACUGCUGAACAAGAUGCGCGGUAUGGGCUGGCACACGGUCAAGGAGGAGCAACUCCUUGAAGCCUUGAAUGCGGCUAUGACACCCCGUGGCCAGAGAGAAGCUCAAAAAAUACGGCAAAUCGAUGACCUCUGGUUGCCUGUGGUCGAAAGAAACAAGAUACUCAUUGGCAUUUCACCAGACAACUCUCUUGACGGUGCCGAUGAUGGUACCCGCAUGCAGAGAGAUGUUCGUAUGGCAGCGUUCCUUAAUACGAGACGUCGCCCGACCACCGACACUGCGAAUAAUAACAGUGGCCAUUUGCACCGCUUCAUGGUUGAGGCUAAGAGUAAUCCACGUAUAUUCGUGACGCCUGAAACUACGGCCAUGUUUGCUCGUGAAAUCGGGAAGAAGUUAUGCGCUUUGCUUCUAAAGCCGGAAGAUGAGCCUAAUAUCGGGUUAGGUCUCACUGAGCUCGGACUGGACUCGUUGGUCGCAGUGGAACUACGCGCCUGGUGUAAACGGGUAUUUGCCGUUGAUAUUAGUGUACUGGAGAUGUUAGCUAUGGGAACUCUAGAGGCAUUAGGGAAGAGGAUAGCAGAGCAAUUGGCGGACAUGCACGGAGGGCUAGACUAG